UGACAGCCACUCGGCAGGAGAGAGAAGACACGACCCGGCUGUUCCGUCCCUUUCUCUGGCGAAGAUGGAGACGAGGAUCGCGGGUGCCGGGCUGCUCUGGCUUGCGGCGCUUGUCGUUAUCACUGGAGGAUCCUCCACCCCCCCGACGUGGGACUACGGUCGCAGCUUCUGCCUCGCGCCCUUCGACCCGGUGGGCGGCAAAUGCAUCCUGGUAGACAUCUUCGAGUCGGUGACGUGGGCGGAGGCCAGGUACCUGUGCGAGAAGUUCGAGGCCGACCUGGUCACGCUCGAGUCGCUGGGUUUCUACGCGGAGCUGCUGGACUUCUUGAACUUUAAAGGUCUGGAUGGACACGAUUACUGGGUGGGCGCCAACGACACCGAGACGGAGGGAGAGUGGGCGUGGCUGAAUGGGACGCCCGUGAGAAUGGGCACGCCUAUGUGGGCGCUGUACCGUUACAGUAGCAGUGACUAUGAGCAGGAGCCGACCUCGAGCAGCAGCAGCGGCGGCGACUGCGCCUUCAUGGACAAGUCCCGCUUCCUGUACCUGGACGACGACGACUGCGAGAGCACGAAGGCCGCCAUCUGCCAGCUGCCUGCCGGGGCCUCCGCGCCCGCCGGGAAGCCUCGGCGUCUGCCCGAGAGGAAGGCUGAGCAGCCCUGAACAGCGUCCAUUUUCUUGUUUGUCGGUGGCUGACUUCGAAAAGC